AUGACACCUGAAGUCUUUUCAAUCGAUCUGACAGUAGAUAGAGAUGUUGUAUCAGAGGUUUUACGUGCAAUAUUGCAUACAAUAUUAUUCUAUAGAGUUUUUGGAAACAUAAAACCUAGAGAAGUUGAUCUGUUGGAUAUCACCUAUUCAGCAAUAGAUGAUCCCGAGAUUGAAAAAGUAGUUGAGGAUAAAGUGGAACAAUUUAUUCAUAAUUUAGAACAUCACGGUAAUCAAAAGGGUCAGAUUGCUGUAAUGUUUCAUGAAAAAAGAACAAAAAAAGCUUGGUUUACUAAAUCUGAAGAAGAAAUCUGUUGGGAACAAUGGGCUGUCACUUUAACAACUUUGAUAUGUCGUACCGAACGUGAUAAAUUAAGGGUUCGUAAAGACAUGGAUAAACAACUUUAUUCUUGCCUUUUUAACAUUAUACGGUUUGUAAAUGAUAAAAAGGAUCAUAUUCCGCCAAUCACAACACCAGAUGCUAAUCCAUUUCCUUAUCAGAUUGUUAUCCCUGCUACAAAUGAUUCUUGGGGUUCAAUUUUGAAAAGAAUGUUAACAGAGUCUUCACAACCUAUAUAA